CACGGUGCGCAUGCGUUUUCCGGUGUAAACAGGAAGCAUAUUGACCACUGCAGCUGGUUGUUUGAAUGUAGAAAAUACUACGAACGAGGAGCAGCAUAAGAUCAGCAUUUACUGAAUUUCUCAUCAGCUCAUGACUGAAAAUGUGGUGGGAUUGUCAGUUUGUUAACGCUGGGAUCACUGCUUGUACCUUAAAUGACGGGAGUGAACCUCCCUGCAGUUAGUUUGAGAGGUCAGAGCAUUCAACGCCAUCUUCCAUUGAUCAGCCUCAGCCCUGACUGAGCUGUGUGUGACAGAGUCUGAGGAUGAAGAUCACUGUGCUGGGAGCCACGGGGCAGACUGGUCAGUAUCUGGUCAACCAGGCGCUGCAACAGGGUCACACGGUCACCGCCAUCGUCAGGAACCCGGGAAAACUCGCUGUGCAUCAUGAUAAUCUCAAGGUGGUGGAGGCUGAUAUUUUCUCAGCAGACAGUCUGAAGACUCAUUUCAAAGGUCAGGAUGUGAUCAUGUCCUGCCUUGGCUUCCCGGCCUCCAUCUUCUCGGCGGUGACGGGCUACACCCUGUCCAUGAAUGCUAUGAUCAACGCCAUGCGGGAGGCCCGGGUCAACAGGAUCAUCACCAUGACCUCCUGGUACACCGAGCCUAACUCUGGAGCUCAGUCUUCAUAUCUCAUCCGCUUCCUCCUGCUGCCGAUGAUCCGAAGCGUCCUCACCAACAUGUAUGAGAUGGAGCAGUUUCUGCAGAAGACUGACGACAUCAGCUGGACUGUGGUCCGCCCACCUGGCCUCAAGAACCUGCCAGCCUCAGCUCAAGAGUUUCUGACCCAUGAGGGAUACUUUGUGCCCGACAGCAGCGGUAACCCUGCAGGCAGUGCAGUGGGAAGAGGAGAUGUGGCUCGCUUCAUGCUCUCUCUACUCAAUAGCAACGCCUGGGUCAAGAAGGGAGUCGCCAUCACCACCAAAUGAAAAAGAAGAGGUUGGCAUUAAUAAACAAUCGGUUCAUCUCAAGUGCAAAAAACUAUAUUUACUCACAGAUCUCUUGUGGUAUCUAACCAUGCAGCUAUUUUUCUUAAAUUGUCUUGGUUUUGAGAUAUCAGCCUUUAAGAUUUUUACCUCCACCCCAAUACAAUAUAAGUAAAUUAAAAAUUUUGGUGCUCUAACAUUGGCAAAUCUCACCUGCAGAUUAUUUUCUCAAUGAAUCCAUUAAAUAUUUUGUCUUUAAAAUGUCAGGAAAUUGAUAGUCGUAGGAUUGCCUUAGCAGCUGAAAUAAAGCCUGCAAAUGCCAGUUUGAAAAUCCUGGGUAAACAUUAUCAGUCCCUUGAGAGGGGAAGUUGACAGGUUGGUAACUAUCUUCACGGUUAGAUACAAUCAGAGCCAAGGAAGAAAAUGUCUUCUUCUUUAACUGAGGUGAACUGGCCUUUCAACAAAAUGUGCAGUCUAUUUCCUGCCUUCACAGUCUACUAAUGGAUAUGCUGGUAUAACUGCUUUAUGAGGACUUAUAUGCCUUUUUAUUUACUCAUGUUUAACUUUUUCUUGUUUUUAUAUGUUUUAAAACCUUGUUGGUGUUUGUAUCACCACUAAGUUACUCCAUGGGAGUACACUGCACUCACAGAUGUAGCUGUAUGACAUGAUUUCAGCCACAUGAGGUCAGUGUGGCACCAUAUUUAGCAGCAGUAAGUAAAGGCAACAUAAAUUACUAUAAGGGCAUCUAUUUGCUUUUUACUAAUAGCUACUGGUAGAUAUCUCAGUAUGAAGUAAAACCUGCAGUGGAAAUGUUGCACCAUGUAUUCACAGGAGUACUUUACCUGAAAAAUGUAUUGAAGCAGUUCUUUAAAAUAAACAUACAUGCAAAAGUGA